CUAGCCUUUAGUCAGGGCUCGGGAUUCGUCCCAUCGGUGGUCGCCGGUCCCAAUGACGCGAGCACCGGGACGGUGGAUUGCCUUAUGCCGACUGUUGAGCAAUUUGUCCGGGCAAGGGACUAUGCGGGGGCCUUGGCCAUCUUGGACUUCACGCGCCGUAUGGAAAGGGUCGACGGAGGCUCGACACUAGAGUAUUUGCUAUGGCGGGCGUACUGCGCUUUCCAUAUGGGAGAGUACGAGCAGGCAUUGCAUACGUAUGAAGGCAUCCUUCGCGGGGAGCACUGGGCGUCGGACGGAGAGGGAAGGGACUUGAAAGACAAGAAAACUCAGAGUCCAAACAAAGGCCACUCGCAAUGCACGGACGGCACGGCAGAAGUAGCAGGCCCUAAGGCAGACACGUCUCUCCCGGAAGUUCAUUUGUUUCGGGCAUGCUGUCACUACUACAUGCAGCAGUACGAAGAAGCCGAGCGCGCCGCCAUGCAUGGCCCGUUGGAGGAAGGUGGACUGCGCACCCGUCUUCUCUUCCACAUCGCCCACAAGCAAGGGAACGAGACGAAGCUCCUGCACUUACAUCACCAGCUCAGCGACGGCGUGGAGGACCAGCUCUCUCUGGCUGCCAUCCACUACCUCCGCUCCCACUUCCAAGAGGCCGUCGAGGUCUACAAGCGGCUCCUCCUCGAGCACAGGGACGACGUGGCCCUGAACGUGUACGUGGCGCUGUGCUACUACAAGAUGGACCAUUACGACGUGGUCAUGGAGAUCCUGGCGGCCUACCUCCAGGCGCACCCGGGGUCCUUGGUGGCCCUCAAUCUGAAAGCAUGCACCCACUACCGGCUCUACAACGGAAAGGCUGCCGAGGCGGAGCUCCAAAAGGGGCUUGGGGAGGCAUAUGGCGUGGACUUGCAGGAGCACGCAUUGCUGAGGCAUAAUUUGGUGGUAUUCAGGGGCGGGGAAGGGGCUCUUCGGGUCCUUCCCCCCCUGGUCGACGUGAUCCCCGAGGCUCGCCUGAACCUGGUCAUCUACUACCUGCGGCACAACGGCACGGAGGAGGCCUUCGAGCUGAUGCGACAUUUGGAGCCCAGCACCCCCCAAGAGUACAUCCUGAAGGGGAUCGUCAACGCCGGGCGGGGCCUGGCGCUCGGCUCUCGCGAACACUUGAAGACGGCGCAGCAGCUGUUUCAGCUCGUGGGUGCCUCGGCCAGCGAAUGCGACACGAUCCCCGGGCGGCAGAGCAUGGCCUCCUGCUUCUUUUUGCUCAAGAAUUUCGAGGACGUGAACACUUACCUCUCCUCCAUUCGGACCUACAUGGGCGCGGACGAUGACUUCCAUUGGAACUACGGCAUUUCCCUGGCCGCCGUGGGAGACUAUCAGGCGGCCGAAGAGUCCCUCUUUGCUGUCCGUAACGAAGAAUACAAAGCCGAGCCCGCUUUUCUGGCUUGGCUGUGUCGAUGCUGUAUUAUGAACGGCAACCCGCAUUACGCCUGGGAGCUUUAUCUGCAGGCCGACGCGACGGCGGGGGCCGCAGCGACUUUUGCACUUUUGCAGCUUGUGGCCAAUGACUGCUAUCGGAUGGGCCACUUUUUACUGGCGGCCAAGGCCUUCCACGUG